GCCCGGGCCCGCCCGGGUCCUCGUCCUCCUGCUGCUGCUCUCGGGGACCCUCGGGGGCGGCCAGGCGCAGGGGACUCAGCGGAGGCGACAGUCACCGGCGCAUCAGCAAAGAGGUUUAUUCCCUGCUGUCCUGAAUCUUGCUUCUAAUGCACUCAUCACAACCAAUGCAACAUGUGGGGAGAAAGGACCUGAAAUGUACUGCAAAUUGGUAGAGCAUGUUCCUGGGCAGCCUGUGAGGAAUCCCCAGUGUCGAAUCUGCAAUCAAAACAGCAGCAGUCCAAGCCAGAGACACCCGAUUACAAAUGCUAUCGACGGCAAGAACACUUGGUGGCAGAGUCCCAGUAUCAAGAAUGGGAUCGAGUAUCACUAUGUGACCAUUACACUGGAUUUACAGCAGGUUUUCCAGAUUGCUUAUGUCAUUGUGAAGGCAGCUAACUCCCCCCGGCCUGGAAACUGGAUCCUGGAGCGUUCCCUCGAUGAUGCGGAGUACAAGCCCUGGCAGUAUCAUGCAGUGACGGACACUGAGUGCCUGACCCUCUACAACAUCCAUCCUCGCACUGGGCCUCCAUCCUAUGCCAAAGACGAUGAGGUCAUCUGCACUUCAUUUUAUUCUAAGAUCCACCCUUUGGAAAAUGGAGAGAUUCACAUUUCUUUGAUCAAUGGGCGACCAAGUGCUGAUGAUCCUUCCCCUGAAUUGCUGGAAUUCACCUCUGCUCGUUACAUUCGUCUGAGAUUUCAGCGGAUUCGCACUUUAAAUGCCGACUUGAUGAUGUUUGCUCAUAAAGACCCUAGAGAAAUUGACCCUAUCGUCACAAGACGAUAUUACUAUUCAGUCAAGGAUAUUUCGGUUGGAGGGAUGUGCAUCUGCUAUGGCCAUGCCAGGGCUUGUCCACUUGAUCCAGCAACAAAUAAAUCACGGUGUGAGUGUGAGCAUAACACGUGUGGUGAGAGCUGUGAUCGGUGCUGCCCAGGAUUUCAUCAGAAGCCCUGGAGAGCUGGGACGUUCCUCACAAAGAGUGAGUGUGAAGCAUGCAAUUGUCAUGGAAAAGCUGAAGAAUGCUACUAUGAUGAUAAUGUUGCAAGAAGAAAUCUGAGUUUAAAUAUACAUGGAAAGUACAUUGGAGGGGGUGUGUGCAUCAACUGCACACAAAACACUGCUGGAAUCAACUGUGAGACCUGUAUUGACAGAUUCUUCAGGCCCAGAGGGGUAUCUCCAAAUUAUCCAAGGCCAUGCCAGCCCUGCCAGUGUGAUCCAAUUGGUUCUUUGAGUGAAGUCUGUAUCAAGGAUGAGAAACAUGCCCAACGAGGUCUGGCACCUGGAUCCUGUUACUGCAGAACUGGAUUUGGAGGCAUGAAGUGCAAUCAAUGCGCCAGGGGCUAUGGUGGUUAUCCAGACUGCCAACCCUGUAACUGCAGCGGCUCAGGGAGCACAAAUGAGGAUCCUUGUAUCGGGCCCUGUAACUGCAAGGAGAAUGUUGAAGGUGAAGACUGCAGUCGUUGCAAGCCUGGCUUUUUCAACCUACAAGAGGAUAAUUGGAAAGGGUGUGAUGAGUGCUUCUGUUCAGGAGUUUCCAACAGGUGUCAGAGUUCCUACUGGACCUAUGGCCAUGUUCUAGAUAUGCAUGGCUGGUAUCUGACUGACAUGUCGGGCCGCAUCAAAGUGGCUCCUCAGCUGGAUAACCCAGACUCACCUCAGCAGAUCAGUGUCAGUAACUCAGAGGCCAGGCGAUCCCUCCAAGAUGGAUAUUAUUGGAGUGCUCCAGUUUCAUACCUGGGAAACAAACUCCUAGCCGUCGGAGGACAAUUUACAUUUACCAUUUCAUAUGACCUCGAAGAAGAGGAGGAAGACACAGAAAAGACUCUCCAGCUGAUGGUCAUUUUAGAGGGAAAUGACUUGAAAAUCAGCACAAACUAUAAGGAGGUAUAUUUGGAACCAUCUGAAGAAUACACUGAUGUGUUACUGCUUAAAGAAGAAACAUUUACCAUUCAUGGCACAAAUCUUCCAGUCAGAAGAAAAGAUUUUAUGACAGUGCUGGCAAAUUUGGAGCGAGUCCUCAUAAAAAUCACAUACAGCUUGGGGAUGGAUGCCAUCUUCAGGUUGAGCUCUGUGAAUCUUGAAUCUGCUGUCCCUUACCCUACUGAUGGAGGUGCUGCAGCCGCCGUGGAAGUGUGCCAGUGUCCACCAGGGUACAGUGGCACCUCUUGUGAAUCUUGUUGGCCUCACCACAGAAGAGUUAAUGGCACUAUUUUUGGUGGCAUCUGUGAACCCUGCCAGUGCUUCGGUCACGCAGACUCCUGUAAUGACAUCACUGGAGAGUGUCUGAACUGUAAGGAUCACACAGGUGGUCCCUAUUGCAAUAAAUGUCUUCCUGGUUUCUAUGGUGAUCCUACUCAAGGAACCUCUGAAGACUGCAAGCCCUGUGCCUGUCCACUCAAUAUUCCAUCCAAUAACUUCAGCCCAACCUGCCAUUUAGACCGGAGUCUUGGGCUGAUCUGUGAUGAAUGUCCUGUCGGGUACACAGGACUACGCUGUGAGAGGUGUGCAGAAGGCUAUUUUGGACACCCUUCUGUACCGGGAGGAUCAUGUCAGCCCUGCCAGUGCAAUGACAACCUUGACUUGUCCAUCUCUGGAAGCUGUGACAGUUUGUCUGGCUCCUGUCUGAUAUGUAAGCCAGGUACAGCAGGCCGGUACUGCGAGCUCUGUGCCGAUGGAUACUUUGGAGAUGCGGUGAAUGCAAGGAACUGUCAGCCCUGUCGUUGCAGCACCAAUGGAUCCUUCUCAGAGAUGUGUAACAUUCGAACCGGCCAGUGUGAGUGCAGACCCAAUGUUCAAGGGCGCCGCUGUGAUGAAUGCAAGCCUGAAACAUUUGGGCUACAAUCAGCAAGGGGGUGUGCUCCCUGUAACUGCAAUUCUUUUGGGUCUAAAUCAUUUGACUGUGAAGAAAAUGGACAAUGUUGGUGUCAGCCUGGAGUUGCAGGGAAGAAAUGUGACCAUUGUGCCCAUGGCUACUUCAACUUCCAAGAAGGAGGCUGCACAGCUUGUGACUGUUCUCAUCUGGGCAAUAAUUGUGACCCCAAAACUGGUCGCUGUAUUUGCCCUCCUAACACUAUUGGAGAGAAAUGUUCUGAAUGUGCACCUAAUACCUGGGGCCACAGCAUUGUCACUGGAUGUAUGGGGUGUAACUGCAGCACGGUGGGGUCCUUAGACUCCCAGUGCAACAUACACACAGGCCAGUGCAACUGCCAUCCAAAGUUCACUGGUGCAAAAUGUACAGAGUGCAGUCGAGGUCACUGGAACUACCCUCACUGCGUUCCCUGUGACUGCUUCCUGCCAGGGACAGAUGCCUCAACCUGUGAUUCAGAGACUAAAAGAUGCUCUUGUGGUGAUCAAAGUGGGCAGUGCACUUGUAAGGUGAAUGUGGAAGGCAUCCACUGUGACAGGUGCCAGCCUGGAAAAUUUGGACUUGAUGCCAAGAACCCACUUGGCUGCAGCAGCUGCUAUUGCUUUGGAGUUACCAGUCAGUGCUCUGAAGCAAAAGGUCUGAUCCACACAUGGGUGACUCUGAGUGCUGCGCAGACCAUCCUUCCACUAGUGGAUGAGGCUCUCCAGCACACAACCACCAAAGGCAUCGCUUUCCAGCAUCCAGAGAUUGUGGCAGAAAUGGACCCAGUGAGGCAAGAUCUCCGAUUAGAACCCUUUUAUUGGAAACUCCCAGAACAAUUUGAGGGAAAGAAGCUGAUGGCCUAUGGAGGAACACUCAAGUAUGCAAUCUAUUUUGAGGCUCGGGAAGAGACAGGCUUCUCAACUUACAAACCUCAAGUUAUCAUUCGAGGUGGGACUCCUACUCGUGCUAGAAUCAUCACCAGGCAUAUGGCUGCUCCUCUUAUUGGACAAUUGACAAGACAUGAAAUUGAAAUGACAGAGAAAGAGUGGAAAUAUUAUGGUGAUGACCCUCGAGUCAGUAGAACUGUGACCCGUGAAGACUUCUUGGAUACACUAUAUGAUAUUCAUUAUAUUCUUAUCAAGGCUACAUAUGGGAAUGUCAUGAGACAAAGCCGAAUUUCUGAAAUUGCCAUGGAAAUAGCUGAACCAGGAGCCAUAACAGCAGCAACACCCCCAGCUCACUUGAUAGAAAGAUGUGACUGUCCACCAGGCUAUUCAGGCUUGUCCUGUGAGACAUGCUCACCAGGAUUCUAUCGACUGCGUCCUGAACCAAGUGGCCACACACCUGGCCCAACCCUGGGCACUUGUGUUCCAUGUCAGUGUAAUGGACACAGCAGUCACUGUGACCCUGAGACCUCCAUUUGCCAGAACUGUCAACAUCACACUGCUGGUGAUUUUUGCGAACGAUGUGCUCUUGGCUACUAUGGAAUUGUCAAGGGAUUGCCAGAUGACUGUCAGCAAUGUGCUUGCCCUCUGAUUUCUUCCAGCAACAAUUUCAGCCCCUCUUGUGUGAUGGAAGGCCUCGAUGAUUACCGCUGCACAGCCUGCCCACGGGGUUACGAAGGCCAGUACUGUGAAAGGUGUGCCCCUGGCUACACUGGCAGUCCAAGCAGCCCUGGAGGCUCCUGCCAAGAAUGUGAGUGUGACCCUUACGGCUCCCUGCCUGUCCCCUGUGACUCAGUCACUGGGCUCUGCACGUGCCGCCCUGGAGCCACUGGAAGGAAGUGUGACGGCUGCGAGCACGGGCAUGCGCGCGAGGGCACGGAGUGCAUCUUUUGUGGCGAUGAGUGCACGGGCCUUCUUCUCGGUGACCUGGCUCACCUGGAACACAUGGCCAUGAGCAUCAACCUCACUGGCCCUCUGCCUGCUCCGUAUAAAAUUCUAUAUGGUCUUGAAAAUACAACUCAGGAACUGAAGCGCCUGCUCUCACCCCAGCGGGCCCCAGAGAGGCUCAUUCAGGUGGCAGAGGACAACCUGAACGCACUGGUGAUGGAAAUGAAUGAGCUUCUGACCAGAGCAACCAAAGUGACAGCAGAUGGAGAGCAAGCUGGACAGGACGCUGACAGGAGCGAUGCAAGAGCAAAGUCCUUAGGAGAAUUCAUUAAGGAGCUUGUCCAGGAUGCAGAAGCUGCAAAUGAAAAGGCUGUAAAGCUAAAUGAAACACUGGGACGUCAAGGCCAGACUUCUGAGAGAAAUUUACAGCGGCUUCAGAAAGAGAUCGAACAGAUGAUGAAAGAACUGAGGAGGAGAAAUCUCGACGCACAGAAGGAGCUGGCUGAAGAUGAGUUGGUAGCUGCAGAAGGCCUUCUGAAGAAAGCCAACAAGCUGUUUGGAGAACCCCGAGCCAAAAAUGAAGAAAUGGAGAGGGAUCUCCGGGAGAAACUGGCAGACUACAAGAGCAGACAAGAUGAUGCGUGGGACCUGUUGAGAGAAGCCACAGAUAAGAUUAGAGAAGCUGACCACUUAUCUGCUGCCAACCAGGCAAACAUGACUGCUUUGGAGAAAAAGAAGGAGGCUGUUGAGAGUGGCAAACAACAAAUUGAGAACACUUUAAAAGAGGGAAAUGACAUACUCAAUGAAGCCAACCGACUUGCAAAUGAAAUCAACUCAGUCAUAGAUUAUGUGGAAGACAUUCAAACUAAAUUACCACCAAUGUCCAAGGAGCUCAAUAGUAAAAUAGAUGACCUCUCUCAGGAAAUAAAGGACAGGAAGCUUGCGGAGAAGGUUUCCCAGGCUGAGAGCCAUGCAGCUCAAUUGAAUGACUCCUCUGCAGUACUUGAUGGAAUCCUGGAUGAGGCUAAAAAUAUCUCCUUCAAUGCCACUGCAGCCUUCAAAGCUUACAGUAAUAUUAAAGACUACAUCGACAAAGCUGAGCAGGUGGCCAAGGAAGCCAAAGGUCUUGCACAUGAUGCCACAAAACUGGCAACAAGUCCUCAGGGCCUACUAAAGGAAGACGCCAAAGGCUCUCUUCAGAAAAGCUUCAGAAUUCUUAAUGAGGCCAAGAAGUUGGCAAAUGACAUGAAAGAAAAUCGUAACCAUCUACAUGGCUUGAUGACCAGGAUAGAAAAUUCUGAUGUUAGAAAUGGUCAUCUCCUGAGAGCUUUGAAUGACUCCUUGGGAAAGUUAUCAGCUAUUCCAAAUGACACAGCCGCUAAACUGCAAGCUGUUAAGGACAAAGCCAGACAAGCGAAUGACACUGCAAAAGCUGUGCUGGCCCAGAUUAAAGAUCUCCACCAGAACCUUGAUGGACUGAAACAAAAUUAUAACAAACUGGCUGACAGUGUGGCAAAAACAAAUGCUGUGGUAAAAGAUCCUUCCAAGAACAAAAUCAUUGCAGAUGCAGAUGCUACUGUGAAAACACUAGAACAAGAAGCUAACUGGCUUAUAGAUAAGCUCAAGCCCAUCAAGGAACUUGAAGAUAACCUAAAGAAAAACAUCUCUGAGAUAAAGGAACUCAUAAACCAAGCCCGGAAACAAGCCAACUCUAUCAAAGUAUCUGUGUCUUCAGGAGGUGACUGCGUUAGAACAUACAAGCCAGAAAUCAAGAAAGGAAGCUACAAUAAUAUCAUUGUCAAUGUCAAGACAGCGGUUCCUGACAAUCUCCUUUUUUAUCUUGGAAGUGCCAAAUUUAUUGACUUUCUGGCUAUAGAAAUGCGAAAGGGAAAAGUAAGCUUCCUGUGGGAUGUUGGAUCUGGAGUCGGGCGUGUGGAGUAUCCAGAUUUGACAAUUGAUGACUCAUACUGGUACCGCAUCGAAGUGUCAAGAACGGGGAGAAAUGGAUCUAUUUCUGUGAGAGCCCUGGAUGGGCCCAAAGCCAGCAUUGUGCCCAGCACCUACCAUGCAGUGUCUCCUCCAGGAUAUACAAUUCUAGAUGUGGAUGCAAAUGCAAUGCUAUUUGUUGGUGGCUUGACUGGAAAAAUAAAGAAAGCGGAUGCUGUACGUGUGAUUACAUUCACUGGCUGUAUGGGCGAAACCUACUUUGACAGCAAGCCUAUAGGUUUAUGGAACUUCCGAGAAAAAGAAGGAGACUGCAAAGGAUGUACUGUCAGUCCACAGGUGGAAGACAGUGAAGGCACUAUUCAGUUUGAUGGAGAAGGAUAUGCAUUGGUCAGCCGCCCUAUUCGCUGGUACCCCAACAUCUCCACUGUCAUGUUCAAGUUCCGAACAUUUUCAUCAAGUGCUCUCCUGAUGUAUCUUGCCACACGAGACUUGAAAGAUUUCAUGAGUGUAGAGCUCACUGAUGGACACAUCAAAGUCAGCUAUGAUCUGGGUUCAGGAAUGGCUUCCGUUGUCAGCAAUCAAAACCAUAAUGACGGGAGAUGGAAAUCAUUCACCCUGUCAAGGAUUCAGAAACAAGCAAACAUAUCAAUUGUAGAUAUAGACACUAACCAGGAGGAGAACAUAGCAACUUCAUCUUCAGGAAACAACUUUGGCCUCGACCUGAAAGCAGAUGACAAAAUAUAUUUUGGUGGCCUGCCAACCCUGAGAAACUUGAGUAUGAAAGCAAGACCAGAAGUCAAUGUGAAGAAAUACUCCGGCUGCCUCAAAGAUAUUGAAAUUUCAAGAACUCCAUACAAUAUACUCAGUAGUCCUGAUUAUGUUGGCGUCACCAAAGGGUGCUUACUCGAGAAUGUCUACACUGUUAGCUUCCCCAAGCCUGGUUUUGUGGAACUUGCUCCUGUGCCAAUUGAUGUAGGAACAGAAAUCAAUCUGUCCUUUAGCACCAAGAAUGAGUCUGGGAUCAUUCUCUUGGGAAGUGAAGGCCCCCUGGUACCACCCAGAAGAAAACGGAGGCAGACCGGACAGGCCUAUUAUGCCAUAUUCUUCAACAAGGGCCGUCUGGAAGUUCAUCUCUCCUCGGGCACACGAACAAUGAGGAAAAUUGUCAUCAAACCCGAGCCAAGUCCGUUUCAUGAUGGAAGAGAACACUCUGUUCAUGUGGAGAGAACGAGCGGCAUCUUUACUGUUCAAGUCGAUGAAGAUAGAAGACACAUGCAAAAUCUGACAGCAGAGCAGCCUAUUGAAGUGAAAAAGCUUUUUGUUGGGGGUGCCCCUCCUGAGUUCCAGCCUUCCCCCCUCAGGAACAUCCCUGCUUUUGAAGGCUGUGUGUGGAAUCUUGUUAUUAAUUCUGUCCCCAUGGACUUUGCACAGCCCGUGUCUUUCAAAAAUGCAGACAUUGGCCGCUGUACCCAUCAGAAGCCCCGGGAAGAGGAAGAUGGCUUAGUUCCAGCUGAAGUAAUUAUCCAGCCUCAGCCAGUGCCCACCCCUGCCUUCCCUACAGCUGGCCCUGCUCUGGCACAUGGUCCUUGUGCUUCAGAAUCAGAACCAGCAUUUUUGACAGGGAGCAAGCAGUUUGGGCUUUCCAAAAACAGUCACAUUGCCAUUGCAUUUGAUGACACCAAGGUUAAAAACCGCCUCACAAUUGAGUUGGACGUGAGGACGGAAGCAGAAUCAGGCUUGCUGUUUUACAUGGCUCGGAUCAAUCACGCUGACUUUGCUACUGUUCAGCUAAGAGACGGAUUCCUCUACUUCAGUUAUGACUUGGGAAGUGGCGACACCAACACCAUGAUCCCCACCAAAGUUAAUGAUGGCCAGUGGCACAAGAUUAAGAUUAUUCGAGUGAAGCAAGAAGGAAUUCUUUAUGUAGAUGAUGCUUCUAACAGAACCAUCAGUCCUAAGAAAGCUGAUAUCCUGGAUGUCGUGGGAAUGCUGUAUGUUGGUGGGUUACCCAUCAACUAUACCACACGAAGAAUUGGCCCAGUCACCUACAGCAUUGAUGGCUGUAUUAGAAAUCUUCACAUGGAGCAGGCUCCCGUCGAUCUGGAGCAGCCAACCUCCAGCUUCCAUGUGGGGACAUGCUUUGCCAGUUCUCAGAAGGGAACCUACUUUGAUGGAACAGGUUUUGCCAAAGCAGUUGCUGGGUUCAAAGUGGGAUUGGACCUUCUUGUAGAAUUUGAAUUCCGUACCACUAGAUCCACUGGAGUUCUCUUGGGAGUCAGUAGCCAGAAAAUGGAUGGAAUGGGCAUUGAAAUGAUUGAUGAGAAGCUCAUGUUUCACGUGGACAAUGGCGCUGGCCGAUUCACGGCAGUCUAUGAUGCUGGGAUCCCAGGACAUCUGUGUGAUGGACGGUGGCAUAAAGUCACUGCUAACAAGAUCAAACACCGACUUGAGCUCACAGUAGAUGGGAACCAGGUGGAAGCACAGAGCCCAAAUGUAGCAUCUACGUCAGCUGAUACUAAUGACCCUGUUUUUGUUGGCGGUUUCCCAGAUGGCCUCAACCAGUUUGGCCUGACCACCAACAUUAGGUUCCGAGGCUGCAUCAGAUCCCUAAGGCUCACUAAAGGCACGGGCAAGCCACUGGAGGUUAACUUUGCCAAGGCCCUGGAACUCAGGGGUGUUCAGCCUGUCUCAUGUCCAGUUAACUAAUCAAAACAACUUUAACCCCUUAAAAGGGUCCAUCAAAACAAGUAUAUCAAAUGCAUAUUUACCUAUGUAUAUUAAUAAAACUAAUUUGUGCACAUAUAAA